GGAAACAUCUCUUAUCUCCGGGACAUAAUUAAGUGUUACCACUAAGGCUUCCCAAGCAGGUAUAUUAAGAGCUCAUUAGCAGUAGUCUCAACUUAUUGUUUUGUUCCCUUGUUGCAAAAAAGAAAAUUCUUUCAUAAAGUCUCAAUAGUUUAAUCAUGAAGUUUUUCGAUGCACCUGCGCCAAACCCCAUGGCAGUCCGUUUGUUCGUACUAGAACGUGGCGGCCUCAGUUUCAACGUUGAAACAAUUGACAUCAUGAGCCUCCAAAAUCGACGCCUUACAUACCGUGCGAUUAACCCCCGUGGCGAGGUUCCAGCCCUUCAACUUGACAAUGGCACUAUCCUCACUGAAAUCACCGCCAUUUACGAAUACUUCGACGAAAUUGCUGUUGGUGGUACGUCUCUUUUCGGCACCACCCCGGAGCAGCGUGCUGAGACUCGCAUGUGGCUCCGAAGAAUGGACCUGGAGAUUUGUCAACCUGUUAUCGCUUGGUUUAGGAAUGAUCCCACGACUUUGGAUUUCUAUAAGGGAAAUCGACUUCCGACCCCGGAGGCGAGGGUGAAUCAGAAAGUGAUGAUCAAUCAAGCCCUGAACAUGCUGGAUGAUCAAUUGGAGGGAAAGGUCUGGUUAUGUGACAACAGAUUUUCUGCAGCAGAUAUUCACCUUUACGGAUUGAUGAAGAUGAUGACUAUGCAAGUAUGUGAUUGGAUGCUGUUGCCUGGACGAGAGAAUUUCCUCGCAUAUUGGAAGAGAUUGGAAGAGCGGGAUGCUUCCCAGAAGGCCUUGCAAGGUUUCCCAGCUCACGUCGCUGUUUGAAAGUUUUCACCUCUUGUGUGUUGUGUUGCUGUCAUCGGUUUUAUUCUGAAGAACAUCUUUCAAUACCUAGAAACGAAUUAGACUAUUUUAAUGUAUUAGAUAAAAUCCCCUUUGAAGCAGCAUUACAACUCGCAGCCCAGUUAUAUAUAGCUUCAAAUAAUCUUUCGCAGCGGAUCCUACGAAGCCGGAUUUGGGGGCCCAUCAUGCUUCUGUAGUCAUGCAGCAGCUCUCUCUAUCUGUGUUCGGAGGUAGGGGAUAAAUAUUUAUGGGACCGAAAAUCUCUAUUUUUCUCCGGAGGCAGUCUUCUUAUCCUUUAUGGGAACACCUGACUGAAACAAGAAUGAAA